UAUAUCAGAGAUUGUAAUGGCAGUAUUUGCUAAAGUAUGGAUCAAUAAAGAGAGACUAGAAACCUAGAAUCUAACAGUGUCAGUGACUAACUCAACAUCCGUCGGAACUCUUUAACAAAAUGGAGACGCGCGAAGAUUGUUUAUUGUUGAUCUUGUUUGCAUUUGGAUAUCUAAGUUCAGUAAACUCUCAGACACCUCUAAGAGUGACGUCUGUGCAUGAAGAACCGUUUUUGAUAAAAGAUGCAGACGGUGGGUUUUCCGGUAUGAUACCGGAUAUUCUGGACAGUCUUAAACUAAAUUACAGCAUCUCCUUAUCCCCUGAUGGUAGCUACGGCCGUCAAUUAAAUGGCACAUGGCUGGGUAUGAUAGGGGAAUUGGUGAACGGGAAUGCAGACAUUGCAGGUUUCCUUACAGUGACCGCACCAAGGUCUGAAGCUGUAGACUUCUCCUAUCCCGUCGUGCCUAUAGGGCUGUCAAUCUUGAUGAAAAAACCUAGAGGCGGGGAAGUUUCACUCGAUUAUGAUCUUGCCAGGCUGUUCUACCCAUUCGAGCUGUCUGUCUGGUUGAUGGCCUUUGUGGCCAUGUUCGUGACUGGAACAGUGUUGUACAUCAUGAUGCAUUUUAAUCCAUAUGAAUGGAGAAGAAUGGCACGUGAUCACGAGGCAACCGCGCGAGAAGGAGAGUCAUUCACAUGUCUCAAUUCUUUUUUCUUUGUUUUUAGUACGCUGAUGUGGCAAGGUUACGUCCGAGCACCCCGCUCUAUUGGGGCUCGAGUACUGGUGGCUGCAUGGUGGUGCUUCACAAUCCUCUUUAUCGUAUCAUAUACAGCCAACCUUACCAACCUCCUUCGUAUUGGACCAGACUACUUCGCUUCCCAAGAAUUUUCAAAGAUAAAAAGCUUUGAAGAUCUGUCAAAAAACGCAGACAUGAGGGUAGGAUUCUUAAAUAGCGGCUCCACAUACAGGUUCUUUCGCGAGUCUAAAUCGCCCUUUUGUCAAGAGCUGUUUCAAAGAGCAAUCAAUGACCAAGAUAAUGAAAAUUUUAAUUCUAUACAUCGUCUUAAGAUGCACGUGCGGAAUAAUAAAGAAUCUAAUUUUGCUGCAAUAAUGGAGCGUCCAGCAGCAAGGUUCAUAGCCAACAGAAAGCCAUGUGAUCUGUAUGCGGUUCACGUGGAGGACUUGACGUACAAGCAUUAUGCUUUUGCACUACAAAAGAACUCUUCCAUAGCGAGCGACCUUAACACAGGAUUGAUUAAACUGACUGAAACCGGAGAAUUGCACGAGAUUGAAAAGAAAUGGUUUGACGAACGAGGGGGGUGUACGGGAAUAUCCCAACUUGAUCGGAAAGAAAGUGUUCGGUUUUACAAACUCGAUUUAUCAACCUUUUCGUCGGCCAUGCUGAUCGUUGUAGCAGGAAUUAUAAUCGGGGGCAUUAUAUGCCUUAUUGAAAUUUGCAUCUUCAAAUGGGCAGAAUCGCGUGACAGUAGUGAAGAAACAGAGCACAUCACUGCCGAUGAAGAGACCAUCAAAGCAGCCGAGGGGAAAGGGGCAGCGACACCGGUGUAGCAGAAGCAUUUACGUUGUUUAUUUUUCUUUUGAAAUAUUAAUCAAAUAUGUUCUGGUUUUUUUCUUGAACAGAGAUUUCAUAAUUAUAAUCGUGUGCAGCUAUUUAUAGUAAUGACUAGAUUUUUUUUAACUUUUUUCAUAUUAUUAAUGAAGACGGUGUGGUUUGUCUUUUUUACAUGUACUUCAGAGUGUUUAUUAUUCUAGCAUAUUGUAGACUUUGUAUUUCCAUAUUUAUAUAUGACUUUGAUAAUUGAUUGAGUAGAGUGAGAUAAUAAUAAUUCUGAUUUAAAGCAUUUUAAUUACUUCAUGCAUCCCAUUACUGGGAAAUAUUUCAAAUAUCAAUUUAAAUAAAUAAGCAAUGUCACCUUAACCCGCUGGGUUCCUACAAUUGACUUGUUCAGCUUCCAUUUGUGGAACUGUUCAUUAUAUAUUUAGGAAUAUAAAGAUGAACAUUUAGCCAGCCCAAAAGUAUAUACCAUACAUUUGUACAAGUUGUCCACUGACGUACAGCAGUUUAGCGUUAACUACAUGUAUUUAUUACGUAUGCAACCACAAAUAAUUUCAGUAAGUAAUAGUAGCAUCUACAUGUACCCAGGCAUAAUUUCCUGUUACAAAUAUGAAUGUGUGGUAUAAAAAUGUUAUACUUGAAAUUAAAACUUUAAAGGGAGUGUUUCAUAUAAAAUAACUUGUGUUGAUUUUUAAUUACUUUUCAAGUGUGUACUGUUUUCCAAAUAAGACUUUGUAGAAUAUUCCUCGUCGUACAUUUAUAAAUCUAGUUGGAAUCAUUAUUUAUUCCCUGCUACCCUGAUCUGUUUCAAGCAGGAACAUAUAUCUAUAUUAUCUAUUGGUGCCUCUUGUUUUGUACUUUAUAGCAUCAAAACAUUUGACAUGUGUUAAAGCAGCACGCCCCCAGAUUUGUAUUCAUUUUUAAUUAUUAAUGUGAAAAAUUAUUACAAUGUGUAAAUUGAUAGCAAAUGUACAAGUUCAUUUUUAUAAGAUCUAUCUUUAGGCACUUAUCCAUAGAAUUACCUAUAGCAUGUCAAAAUCUCUCAGACUCCGUUAUGUAAAAUUUUGCACAAAAACCCCAACCAAAUAUCCACCUGGUUUGAGAAUAUUUCUUACUCAACGUUUUUCAUAAGUUUGAUCUUUAAAUGAUUAAUUAUGCUUAUCUAGUGGCGUUGCACUUUAAAAUCAUGUUAGUUUUGUUCAUCAUAUUAUUACAGGUAAUUUUUGUGUGUUUUGAUAUUUAUACUCUUAAUAAAAAAAAACUUUUU